CAUCGGUCACGACGUCACGAACUGCUUGUUGCUUCGUUUCGAAAAGUUUCGCACAGGGUGCGCAUGCGCGGGGCCCGCCACUUGCGGUUGGCUGCGUGCUGGUGCUGGCACUGCCACCACCACCACCUCCACCGUCAGCUGAUCUGGUUCCGACGAUGCGCCCGACUAGUCCGCGGCGUCGCUACCCCUCGAGAUUAUGACAGGUCGAGUGACAUUGCCCAACUUUGUGUCGUGUUUUCGUUUUCGCUCCCUCUACCUCGGCCCGGGCUUGCAGGGCCUGCUGCCCGUCGCCAGACGAAGCUGGCGAAGCAGGUUCGCGACGAUGCCCGGCCUGUUUACCAGUGACGGCGCCAGCGCGCCAGGUCCAGAGUCCGCCACCGACCCGACGCCAACGCCGCAGGAUGCAGGCCCUGCGCGCCGCGACAUCGUCGGCGAGGGCCGUGGCGACGUCAAGUUCCUCUACUUCGCGUACGGCAGCAACCUGCUGGCAAGGCGGCUGCACCUCAUGAACCCCACGGCGCGGCGACACAGCAUCGGCGAACUCAAGGGCUACCGGCUGGACUUCAGCACGCCGGCGUCCAAGAGGUGGGGCGGGGCCCCCGCCACCGUGGUGCCCGACCCGGAGGACUCGGUGUGGGGCGCCAUCUGGUCCCUGGACAUCGAGGACCGCGACCACCUCGACGAGCAGGAGAGCGUGCACUCGGGGCUGUAUGACGUGUUCAACGCCACGGUGCAGACCCCUGACGGCGAGGUGCUGCUCUGCCGCAGCUACCUGAUGCGCGUCGUGCCGCCCAAGCUGCAGCCCGGCGAGGCGCGGCCGGCCCACCGGCAGCCCUCCCUCGUCUACAAGAAGGUCCUGACGGCGGGCGCGCGCGAGUCGGGGCUGCCCGCCGACUACACGGCGCGCCUCGAAGCCGUCGCCGACAACGGGUCCGCGGGCUCCAACCCGCCCAUCUCGCUGGAGAGCCUCCAGAGCCCGCAGAGCUCCGAGGCCUCGGGCGUGACGCCGGCCCCGGCCCCGGCCGCGCGCUGAGCGCUGGGCACCGCGAUGACCUCCGUGUUUGUGCAAAGCCGCGGCCUUGUUCGAUCGGCCGGCGUUUUGAUUGGCCCCUGAGUGACGGCCAGCCACGGCCAGCGGCCCCGCCCGAUUGAUUGCAGAACAGCCUCCUCUCCGGACGCAGACACGCGGACGGCCAGCAGGUUGACUCCGAGCACUGUUUUCGUCGCUGUCUCUCUCGCACCCUCACGGCACGCUCCGCGAGUGCGAGAGAGACAGGGCUACGAGAGCCGUGCUCGGAAUCAGUCUGCAGGGCGGCCAUCGCCGACCUCUCUAACUGCGACAUGUGUGGCGCCGAUGUUGUUUUCUACUUGGAUUGAUGAUUGUAUUGAGACGCGCUGAUCGGUACAUGAAUUAUAAACCUCGCAUUGUUUCCCUA